AUGGCCCACACGACCCGAAAUAUAAUUUGCAUACGGAAAAGCCGUAAACCGUCGGCCCAUCAAGCCCUAUUUUGGUGGCUAAGGUACCGUUCGAUGGCCGCAUUGUUUCGUAUUCUACGGCCCCGAUUCGAUGCCCGCAGUGGUCCCAUGCAAGGCCGACGACGUCCCCUGCUAUCAUCUUCCCUCUCUCCCUCGUUCUCGACUUGGUGCCCCAAAAUUCUAGGGUUUCUCUCAGGGACUGAGAACUCCGGGGUUCUUCCAUCCGGGUCUCCGAUGGCCUCCUAUGGAAUCCGAUCUGAACUUGUUCAUCUUCCGUGUUCCUUCUUCCGUUGGACCCGACCGAUUCCGGACAUCGUCUAGAUACCGUAACGUCUUCUUAUACAGUUUUCUCGUAUUUGAUCUCAAUCUUCUGUAGUUGAGCGAGAGGGAAUGAGUGGAAAACCUAACCACAUGUCGGAUUUGAGGACGGCUGCGGCCCAUCCGCUGGCCUCAGGCACCGGGGAGGGCCACAUGAUCGCGGCUGCCGACGCCAGGGCGAUCCAGGGGUACGGGCACGAUAAGGAUAGUGGUGGCGGUUGCGACGGUAUGGAAGAGGCCGUCGACGGGGAGGGAGUGGAGGGCGACGCGCCAGCCGAUCAUGGCGAUUUGGGGAAUCCACACGCUUUGGUUGUGCCUCCGGUUGCUAGCAAUCAGCUCACCCUCUCGUUCCAUAGGGAGGUUUACGUGUUCGAUUCAGUCUCCCCUGAAAAGGUUCAAGCUGUGCUUUUGUUAUUGGGAGGACGUGAAAUUGCCACUAGCACGGCUUCGAUUGAAUCAGCUACCAACCCACUGGAUAAGCGAUUGAACUUCCCACACAGAGUUGCUUCACUGAUGAGGUUUAAAGAGAAGAGGAAAGAGCGCAAUUUUGACAAAAAGAUACGAUAUGCUGUUCGGAAAGAAGUUGCUCUCAGGAUGCAGCGGAACAGGGGUCAGUUUACAACUUCAAAAUCAAAUCCUGACGUUGCAACUUUGGGUGCCACAAAUUGUGAGGGAACCCAAUGUUGGGGUACAAUUGAAGGUCGACCACCUUCAGCUGCUCUUUGCCAUCACUGUGGCAUCAACUCAAAAUCUACACCAAUGAUGCGUCGUGGACCUGAUGGACCAAGGACCCUAUGCAAUGCUUGUGGACUUAUGUGGGCAAAUAAGGGUACAUUGAGGGACCUCUCUAAAAAUCCAUCAUUGCUAACACAAAGUGACCCUUUAGAAGGAAGUGAAAUGAAUGGAGCCUCUGCACCUGUAGCUGAGGAACUGCUGCCACAUGCUGAUGCUGCCAAUGACCAUCACUCAUCAUCCUUAUAAGAAAAAUCCUGGUUGGAAAGAUAAAUAAUAAUAGGGGAACUCUGUACUUUUUUGUGAUCUUAGAAAGUACCAUACUUUUGCCUGUAUUAUAGCUUCUGAUGUUGUUUAUCUCAUGUUGAUGAUUAAGGAAAAUUUGACAUUUGUUAUGUGCUCACCUGCCGAACAACUCUCUGCCACUUGCAUCCUGAAAUUGCAGCAGCAACUGAUGACCAGAAUGGCGUUUGUUUGUUC